AGACGAGGAAAGAUGGUGUAAGGAGACGAGUCGAUAGGUUAGCAACUGACCCCGCCCACAGGAGGUGGUGUCUAAUGGGCAAUUGCAACGCUAGAAUGAUACAGUCAUUUUAUUGUAUCUAGCCACGGAAAGGAAAUGUUUGUCGUGAUCUUUCAACAAACAUGGAACGGAAGAAGCACGCUGGCGAGUCAUGAAAGAAGAAAUGCCCCAUCAAAAGACAGUUUAGCUUUUGAAUACGCCGAGGAGAUUACCAGCAUGAAUACUACGACUUCACUGUUAGGCCUGGCUAUGACAGGAUAUUGAACACUCAGCCACAAGACAGCUGAGGGUCGGGAGAGCCAUGGCUGACUCCCAGGGGGCUGAAGAGGGGAGUCCCGGGGGUGAGAGGAAGAAGAAGGUUGGACAGUAUGUCCUCGGAAGGAAGAUCGGAGAAGGACGGUACACCACGGUCAGGCUCGGAACCCACAACAUUGCACAUGAAAGGGUGGCAGUAAAGGUGAUUCCAAAGAAGGUGUUGGUACAGAAAGAGGCUGCACGACGUCACUUCCGGCGGCAGGCACUUCUAUCCCAGUAUGUCCACCACCCCAACAUCAUCCGUCUCUACGAGGCUAUGGAGACACCAAACAGCUACUACCUCGUUCUCGAGAUGGCCGACAGGGGGCACUUCUGUCAAUACCUGGCUCAAAAGCGGUGUCUUGACGAGAACGAAACCCGGAAGUUUGCCUCCCAGCUGGUGUCGGCCGUCGACCACAUGCACGUGUCCGGCAUUGUCCACAGAGACCUUCGAUUGGACAACUUCCUGCUUGACAAGGACUUCAAUUUGAAAAUAAGCGAUUUCGGCCAGGGGAGCCACCCUGUACCCGGUUCGCCCCACCCUGCGCAGGGGAUGGCCCCUGCCUACGUUGCCCCCGAGAUGUUCACGGGGAAGCAGGGCGGACCCGCCGCAGAUAUAUGGAGCAUAGGCGUGUGUGUGUUCACCAUGUUGAGCGGAAGGCUACCGUUCAUGUCAGACACCCCUUCCUCUCUGCAGCAGAUCCACGCCAACAUUCUUCAAGGCUGUCGGAUUCCGGCGAGUCUGUCUCCAGGCUGCAAAGACUUUCUAAGUCAUCUGCUGGAGCCUUUCGAGAGCAAGAGGAUAAUGAUGGACGACCUUCUAACUCAUCCCUGGCUCACCAACGAUGGCCACUCAACCGUCCCACGUCACCCCCAAGUUCUCAAGGUCACGCCAGAAGCUGUGGAUAUUAACGUUGUCCGAUACCUCUCCCAGUACUUUGGAUUCAAUGAAAGUGAACUGCUUUACUCAGUGAGUGAGAGGAAGGUGGACAGUGCCUCAGCUGCUUAUCUUCUCAUGGUGAAGGGUGUGGAAGAAGGAUUUAUUCUUCCCCACAUGACGGCGAGAUCAGACUCUACUACGUCUACUCAGACGACCUCGACCUCUGGUGACUCGGGGGCCUUGCAGGAUGUUGUGUAUCGUGACCAUCUGCCGCGGGUUGGCGCCUCAUCUGAGGAAACUGUGACGUGGCUUGCAUCAUGUCGACCUGUGUCCCUUAAAACGUCUUUUUCGUUGUUUCGAAAAAGUCAUGCAAGUAAUACUCUCACCAACAGACCGAAAAGUUUCGAUCCCCACAUGAUUCCAUCGGUGAAGACAAAGAAGCCGUUUUUAACGAGAAACUCACAGCAUAAGCUUCCAGAAAUCAGUAGUACUCGGUCCCAUUCGCCCGACCCACAAUAUGGUACCUACGGACGGCAUAGAGACGCGUGGAAGAAAUCUGAAAGUGAUCAGUUGAACGUGCGAGGACAGUCCCCAGUCCGAAACAGGGAGAUUUAUGUCAAUAUCGACAGGCUUAUGCCCCAGGUGUUUGGGUUCGACCCUCCCGCUCCGCCCAACACGGCUUAUGGAAUGAGAAAACGUCUGGGCAGGAAGGCGGACGUUGUUGAGACUGACAAUGGGAAGGCAAGGUCAGGGACGCUCCCAUCUGUGUGUGAAAGGGGUCCAGGUGACCCUGGAGGUGACGUAGAGAGACAGAAGUCUCGGAUCUUGUGUAGUGUUGACUUGACGUCUCAGAAGCGACCACUGUCCUACGGGCAACCGCUAUCGUCCCCGAAACAGCUUACGGCUAGGGAGCAGAGAAAUGCCACCAUAGCUGUGUUCAGAAAGAUAUCAGAACAGAACGCGAUGAACAGGGCACUGCAGUGGAACAAGCAGCUAUCUGAAAGGCCACCUACCUCCAUGUCGACGGAAUCAGCCGAGAAGGAUGACUUCCUCAACCCGGUUAUAAAGGUCACCAUCUCAACAUGUGACAGACAAUAGUACAACUGAGUGAUCGCCAAGACGAAGGUCAACACAAAGGUCACCAUUUAAAAGUGUCACCUUGUCAACAUGUGAUAGACAUAUUUGUACAACACUGUUUGAACACGAAGUCAUGAAAUUAAACAUUUCUAUGUGCUGCUCACAGACAUACGUGGUGCUCCGACACUCGUAAAUCACUAUGCAAGAAACAUUGGGACCAGCCUCGAAAGCUUAUGACGCAUACCGCUAAGUACAAGGUGGUCCAGGCAACAGUGUUGCUGUCUUCUCGUGAGAGACAUAUAUUGAUACUGAUGUUGACUGCCUUGUUGGAAGAAUCAGCACGUGUUGCACCUCGCUGUUGAAUGGAAGAAUCGCACGUGUUGCACCUCGCUGCUGAGUGAAAUAAUCGCACGUGUUGCACCUCGCUGCUGAGUGGAAGAAUCGCACGUGUUGCACCUCGCUGUUGAGUGGAAGAAUCGCACGUGUUGCACCUCGCUGUUGAGUGGAAGAAUCGCACGUGUUGCACCUCGCUGUUGAGUGGAAGAAUCGCACGUGUUGCACCUCGCUGUUGAGUGGAAGAAUCGCACGUGUUGCACCUCGCUGCUGAGUGAAAGAAUCGCACGUGUUGCACCUCGCUGCUGAGUGGAAGAAUCGCACGUGUUGCACCUCGCUGCUGAGUGGAAGAAUCGCACGUGUUGCACCUCGCUGCUGAGUGGAAGAAUCGCACGUGUUGCACCUCACUGCUGAGUUGACAGUCAGCACGUGUUGCACCUCACUGUUGAGUUGACAGUCAACACGUGUUACACUUCACUGCUGAGUUGACAGAGGCAGCACGUGUUGCACCUCACUGCUGAGUUGACAGAGGCAGCACGUGUUGCACCUCACUGGUGAGUUGACAGAGUCAGCACGUGUUGCACCUCACUGCUGAGUUGACAGAGUCAACACGUGUUGCACCUCGCUGCUUAGUUGACAGAGACAGCACGUGUUGCACCUCACUGCUGAGUUGACAGAGUCAACGCGUGUUGCACCUCACUGCUGAGUUGACAGAGUCAGCACGUGUUGCACCUCGCUGUUGAAUGGCGACGUCGCUGCAUCACGAAUCACGUGCCAGCCAUCACAGAUUAAUUAAAGAGUGAGUGAGUGAGUGAGUGAGUGAGUGAAUGAGUGAGUGAGUGAAAAUUUAACGUCGCAUCGGCAUUAUUCAGCCAUACAGGGACGAUGAUUAAUUAAAGAUUUCAGAGACAUUUGUGUGUGUGUUUCAGGCAGUAUGCUCUAACUUAUGGAGCUUGAUCAUCCACGAGUACACGUUUCACAUAUCUUUAAAGAAACAGCGAUAAAUCUACUGAAAGCAAACAAUGACGUGAACGAAAAUAUCAUUUUAUUCCAAUAUUCAUCAGAUUAUUCUGGCCUUACAUUUUGAAAAAAAGCCUUCACUUGUUAACUAUGUUAACAAGGGCCCUUGGAAAUUAUAAGGUGUCAGUGCAAAAUACGUUAUUGUGAUAAACUAUGCGUGACCCCAUUUAUGCAUUCAGACACAGUUAGUCUGCAUAUUCGGUGCAUUCCCUCAGCUUCCAGAAGCGAAGAGGGCUCAUGCAGUCGUCUAUUCGCUUUGCAGAGUUGCAUCCCAUAGGCGUGCCAUAAACGUAUGGUCUUGGGCUCGAAACCGAAAUUCGGCUCUAUUAGGUUUGUCAAUACCAUGCCCGUGCUCGUAGAUUUCACAUAUUAGACCUGCAUUUGUUCUAGCUUGACUCGCACAUUAAGAUGACCGACCAUGAUGAGACUGAAAUACUGUUCAAAGCGGGGUUCUACCAAUCUCACUCAUCACUCAUAAGCGACUAGAUGUAUGUCAAUUUCAUACAUAAACAUAUUUCAUCCAAAGUGAAAAUUCAACAUUUGCGUCACUCAUCCCAUUGCCAUAUACUUGCAGUAAGCACGUGGUAUUGGAAGCAUAUGCCAAGCAAAACGUGGCGUUCUUUUCAUUUCUAGUGAACAACUCGCCUAACGGCGUCAAUCUGCAUCUCAAAUCACAAACAGUGUGUCAAUAUUUUGGCAUGCCUAUCAAAGAAACUAUAGCUGAUGAUCCUUGCAAAGUGUUUCGUUUGAAAGUCUUUGAAAAAAAUGUUAGUUUCAAACUAUGAUAAAAAUAUGUGUAAAUUUUUUAUGACAGAAAAAGGGUUAAAAAAACAAAGAAUAAGUUUGCAAAGAAUACGUUGAUGUUCCUCACCUGAAUCCGGGGCACUCAUUAUUUCGAUGUGCCAAUUAUACUUCACAGUUAUAAAUGCAAAAUAUAAGUCCAAUUCAUAUUGUUGAUUUUUAAACUUAUAGUUUAUUUUUGCAUGUUAACUGUCAAAUAAACAUGUAUUUUUCCU